CAGAGUUCACCCUUUCCCCACGCUGGCAAAAGUCGCCAUUUUUUAUCAAAUGAAAACCCGAGACGUGGUCGGCUCGCUCGGAUUAUCAAAUGUUACCUACAGGAAGUUUCAACUAGGUACCAGGAAUUACCAAAUGUCACCGGAUACCACGACCUUGACCUUGGGAUUAUAGUUUAACAAGAUGUCGGAGAAUAGUUACGCGAAAGUGCGGUGGCUGUGUGAACAAAUAGAAUCAUGUGUGACGUGAGAUAGGUGUGAUUUAAAUGGGCUGAGAGCCAGUGAUAAUAGACGAGUGACGUUCAUUAAAGAAGGCGCGUAAAAAUGCAGGUCGGUCCUGCUUUCUUCGCGAUACUGCUGGGAACGAUAUUCGGGGUUCUCGGUGCCUCGUUAAGCAAGGCCCUGAGAUACAAGGCGCCGGACGAGUGCGAAUGGGUAGCGACGGGCGACUUGGCCGACGAUGUAUCCCUCGUAUGCCGGUUGAGAACAAUCAACAGCGAAUUGGAGAACACGAAUUUCAGUGUCAUUCAACCGCACCACACGGUUCGCUUAAAGCUCGAGUGUAGCGAUGCCCUUUUCUAUCAGAGUUCGCUGAGCGCUGGCAGCUUCAGACCGCUGGUGGAGCUACGCGAACUCGUGAUCGAGUACUGUAAAAUUGGUAAUUUGUCGGAUGAGGCGUUCAAGGGGUUGAAGGAACUACGAAAUUUGACUGUUCGGACCCACAAUACCGAUUGGUCUGCAAUGGCACUUGAGAUAUCUGCGAGGGCCUUUACAGAAGAGCUUAAUCAACUUGAGAGGCUCGAUUUGGGGGAAAACAACAUGUGGAGUUUACCAGAAGGGUUAUUGUGCCCCCUGCAUAGUCUGGAGGUGCUCAAUCUCACGAGAAAUAGACUGAGGGAAGUGGAGAGUUUUCAAUUCAGUUUUCGAAAUAGAUGUGCUCCCAACUUGAAAAUUCUGGACUUGAGUAACAACAGCAUCGAAUCUUUGCCAUCAGCUGCGUUUUCCGGGUUGUCGAGGCUGCACAGCUUGGACUUGGGUAGUAACUCUAUUGCUUUUAUGGCCGAUCGGGCCUUGGAAGGUUUGUCUUCCUUAACUGUCAUCAAGCUAGCUAACAAUCGACUCCCGAGUUUACCACCCGAGUUAUUCAGCGAUGCACGUGACGUGCAGGAGAUUUAUUUGAGAAACAAUACACUAGGCGUGCUACCGCCUGGUCUCUUCGGCGAGUUGACCCAGUUGGUAGUAUUAGACUUGUCCAGAAACGAACUGACGGCAGAAUGGGUGAAUGCUGCGACCUUCGGGGGCCUCGUACGUUUAAUAGACUUGGACUUGUCUAGCAAUAGAAUAGCCCGUCUCGAGCCAGCGGUCUUCCGCGACAUGUACAGCUUGCAAAUCCUUCGCCUGCAGGAGAACCUCCUCGAGAGCCUCUCGGAAAAUACUUUUUCUGCUUUGUCAAACUUACAUACAUUGGUACUCAGCGACAAUCGACUGACUGCGAUAGAUGCAACUACACUCAGUGGACUUUAUGUAUUGAGCAUCCUCUCAUUAGAUAACAACAGACUCGAAACCCUGCACUCGAGUUCCUUUCGCAAUGCUUCUUCUUUGCAAGACCUUCAUUUAAAUGGCAAUCGACUCACAGCGAUUCCAGAUGCCUUAAAAGCUACUCCCUCGUUACGCACCCUCGACCUCGGGGAAAAUCUUAUUUACGAAAUACCAGACGGCACAUUCGAUCACGUAUCCCAGUUGUAUGGGUUACGCUUGACCGAGAAUCACAUUGGCAAUUUGACGAAGGGUAUAUUCGAUAAGAUCAAAGAGCUCAAGAUACUCAAUCUUUCGAGAAAUAGGAUACAGCACAUCGAACCCGGUUCACUCGACAAUAACCUCAACAUCCAAGCAAUUCGUCUCGACGGAAAUCAAUUGACGGACAUCGCGGGAUUAUUCGCAAAUCUCCCGAAUCUCGUGUGGUUGAACGUGAGUGACAAUAAGUUAAAGUGGUUCGAUUACGCGAUGAUACCGACGGGUUUACAGUGGCUGGAUAUACACUCAAACGAGAUCAGUGAGUUGGGAAAUUAUUUCGAAAUCGAGACGCAGCUACAUCUCAAUACCUUCGACGCGAGUGAAAACAAGUUAAAAGAGAUCACGGGCAGUGCGAUACCUAUGAGUAUCGAAACAUUGUUGCUCAACGACAAUCAGAUAUCGCGAGUGACAAGUUACGCCUUCUUCAAGAAGCCGAAUUUGACGCGAGUGAAUCUCAAAGGCAAUCGGAUACGUAGUUUGCAUCCGUAUUCGUUACGUCUCAGUGUCGUGCCCCUAGAUAAGCCCCUUCCAGAGUUUUAUAUAGGCGACAACGACUAUCUCUGCGACUGUUCGAUGGAGUGGCUGCAGGAAGUUAACAACAAUCAAAGCAAGAGUAGGAAUCAACCACAAGUGAUGGAUCUUGAGAGUAUCUACUGCGAGCUUCUUUACGACCGGGAACACGUUUACGUACCAUUGGUGGAGGCAUCGCAUUCCCAGUUCCUUUGCAAGUACGAAGAUCACUGCUUGGUGUUAUGUCACUGUUGCGACUUUGAUGCCUGCGACUGUGAAAUGACCUGCCCGACCAACUGUACCUGCUAUCACGAUCAAUCGUGGUCGGCGAACGUGGUUGAUUGCUCGAGAGGCGGGCACAUUGGUAAGCUGCCUGAACAAAUACCUAUGGACGCAACGCGCCUCUACCUCGAUGGCAACGAUCUCCGAGUUAUAACCAGUCACGCGUUCAUUGGCAGGAAAAAGCUAAAGGUCCUCUUUCUCAAUAACUCUAACAUCGAGAUCGUGCAAAAUAGAUCCUUCAACGGCCUGAGAGAACUCGAAGAUCUGCACCUGCAAGACAACGGUAUUCGGGAGCUGCGAGGCCACGAGUUCGAGGGUCUCGAGGCCCUAAAAACCCUGCACCUCGAGCGCAACAAACUCUCCGUCAUAGCGAACAACACCUUCACACCACUCAUUUCCCUACGGAUUCUGAGAUUGCAGGGCAAUCGCCUGACGACCUUAGCUGUGUGGUCGCUGCCUACGUCCAUCGAGGUGAGUCUUUCUGAGAAUCUGUGGUCAUGUGAUUGCGAAUAUCUCAGGGACUAUCGGAAGUGGAUUCGCAAUCCAGGAGUCAUUGUCACCGAUGAAGCAGACCUUAAGUGCUUCACAAACUCAACAAUCGAUGGAUAUUCAGAGGACAUUGAGGGCAAUGUCCAGUCCAACAUCGAGGAUAAUGGUGUGGAAUCUGCCCUCAUCACGAGCAGGGGAUACAGCGCAAACGGUACCACCUGCACAGGACUGGAGAACAUGGAGAACAGCACCUAUGCCAGCUUCCCAAAAAAAGCACCCUUCGGAGAUCAGGAUUACCUUCCCCUGCUUGUUACCACGCUCGUGGCCUUCCUAAUCCUCAUGAUCUCCUGCAUACUGGCCUUUGUCUUUCGCCACGAACUCCGCGUUUGGUUUCACUCACGCUUUGGAGUUCGGAUAUUCUACAGGCACGCCGAUGUAGAUCGGGACGAUCGAGACAAACUUUUUGAUGCUUUCGUGAGUUACAGUUCCAAGGACGAAGCUUUCGUUGCCGAGGAACUCGCUCCGGUUCUCGAGAUGGGAAAUCCAUCCUACAAACUUUGCCUCCACUAUCGAGACUUCCCCGUGGGGAAUUUCAUUGCCGAUACUAUCGUCCAAGCGGUGGAGUCUUCCAGGAGGACAAUCAUGGUUCUCUCGGAGAAUUUCAUCAAGUCUGAGUGGUGCCGUUUUGACUUUAAAUCGGCUCAUCACCAGGUACUUCGAGACCGAAGACGACGUCUCAUCCUGGUCCUCGUUGGCGAAGUGCCGCAGAGGGAUCUGGACCCGGACAUCAGACUGUAUCUCAAAACAAACACCUAUUUACAAUGGGGUGACAAACUGUUUUGGGAAAAAUUACGGUUUGCCCUUCCCGAUGUUCCGAACAAUCAGAGGACAACGCCGAGAAGACAACCGCCACCUGUACGACGGCAACAUAAUAACCAGAUGUCUAACGGACCACGAACACUUGCUGUUCACAUAUGAGUUACGACCAGCUGGAAACUGGAAAGUAUCGAUUUUACGUGGUUCUGUGCUUCGUGUCGAGUGUCUGUGUAUAUAAAGUUACAAAUCGACUGUGACGAGAUAAAUGUGCAUUGUGCGUGGCAAAUUAAAGUCUGUAAAUAGUGAGAUAGGUGCGAACGAAAUUUUUAGAAGAGCGUUAAAGACAUUAUUAUUAUAAUUUUGUAAAUUUCAGGGAGUCUGAUGUAAAUAUAUGUAUGGGUUGGAGGCAUUUGUACCCGAUUGGUGAUCGAUUAAACGAAACGGGUGUAAAUGCCUUUGAUUUGCGAGAGCUUGUAUCAUAGAUCGGCACCGGCAAAAGAGACUUAGCCAUGACCCGGGUUGUGAUUCUGUGCUUACGUUGUACGUAAUUUCACGCUUAUCGAUUGCGAUAUAAGAGUUAUGUAGUUUCGAAUCGGUGUUCUCUGGUGAACGUACGCGGUACAUUGUGAUUAUAACGAACACUGUGUAGCCUGUAUAUUAUAACGAAAUUAAAAGUCAUUCGGUCACGUAGAUACACGAGCGACUAGUUAUUAUUAUUCUUGCGCGAUUUUUAAUACGUAAUUAUAGAAGCGAAUUUAUAGUUACGAGUUUUUGCUGUGGUUCCUAGUUCUUUGUUUUUGUUUUGGAAUGAUUUGAAAAGUCAUGAAAAAUUUUAUUUAAUAUUGUAGACUGUGUCUGUGAAUAAUGGUAUUGGCGGAGAGUAUUAGGCACGCAAAUGUUGACCGAGUUUGAAGAAUUUAUCGAAAGAAACCAAAAGGUAUGUUAUAGCAAUUUUAUUUAUGAUAAGGUUAUAAAGAUUAUAAAGGAAAGAUAUGGAAAUAAAUAAAAAGUGCCUCAUACUUUCCGCCAAGUCCGGUAUUUUUAAAAUACCUAACAAAUCGCUAUUUUUAGGCCAUAAAUUGAAAGAUUCGGUCGUUAUUGUUUAAUUUAUUGAAAAUGUUACUAACCAGCCUCACGAGAUUUAUUCUUUUAUGUAUGUAGCUUCGAGCGGGCUAUCUCGCUUACGGUGAUAUCACUUCUUAAAUACUCUUAUGUGAGUCCGCGCAUUCGUGAAAUACACUUGCAUAUUAGUACAUGUUUAAUUAAGGAGACUCCUUCCGUUUGAGGUCUCGGCGCCAACAAUGUGCCCAUAAUGACUCAAUUGGAAUUGCGGGAACGCGAAAGUACUGCCUCUUUUGUAAAGUAGUAUGUACUCAGUAUUUAUUUUCAAUGGCAAUUUUUUCCGCCAACUUGGAAUAAUUCAAAGCCUUCACGCCACUUGAAUUCUUCAACUUGAACUUAAAAUGUAACGUUGGAUAGCGAAUUUUUUUAAUAGUAGAAAAACGUAAAAUUUCAGCGCCUACAGGAAAUACUAUCUAGAAAACAGAAACUUGUACCUGUUGUAUAAUUUUUGCAAAUAUUUUUUUUUCCGGCGAAUGACGCGCGUACAUGUUGCUCCUCGCAAAACUUGACUGAAUGCUUAAAUUGUCUUCUUCGAUCGGGUACUAGAAAUGUAAAUGUUAGACUGUACGAUGUAAAUUACUGUAUCUGAAUGCUUCAGAAAUCAGGAUUAAAAAAAAAUGUUUCCCCGAAUGUGAUGCUUCUCUCUCCAAAUACUCGAUGAUUUGGGAAUGCACUCUUACAGCAAAAUAUUUAAUGGACGAAUAAAAUCCUCUAUUACCACGUUUAAA